AUGAGUAAAGCAGAAAAACAAAAGAGAAAAACUGAAUUGGAAGCACACAUUAGAGGAGAUGAUCUCUAUGAUGAGGAUGAGGGGGGAGAUUUUGUAGAUCUUCGAGAUGAUAACUCUGACUCUGAUCCAGAGCUGACUAGGGCUAGACAAGCAAGUGGUAGUUCUGGUGUAGGGGGUAAUGGUCAAAGAAUGCCAAAAGGGUCAGGUAUUGCUAAUGUUUUUCGUCCAUCACAAUCCGUACGUGAAACUGAUAGGAGUGGACGUAAUUGGAUUAAGCCCAAUGCUCCUGAAGCAAAGUUGAGGGCAAUGGAUGUAGAACUCCAAAAGAGCAAGAGUAUAAAGCAGCGAAAAAUCUCUACAAUGAAUUUACAGAAGUUAAGAGAGAGAUUGGGACGGGCAGUGUCCAAGUUUAUAUUCUAUAAUCGUAUUCCAUUAAAUGCAGUUGAUUCAGAAUAUACACAACCCAUGCUUGAUGUUGCUGCUGAAGUAGGGCCAGGAGUAAAGGGUCCUAGUGCUUAUGAAGUUUCUGAAGUAUAUUUGGGCAUGGAGCAUGAUGAAAUGACAGAAUGGAUAGGAUCAUUCAAGGGCAUUUGGGCAGAGAGAGGUGUAUCCAUCAUGUGUAAUGGUUGGAGCAGUCUAACUCGGCAACACAUCAUCAACUUCUUAGUGUAUUGCAAUAAAGGUACUAUAUUUCACAAAUCAAUUGAUGCCUCUAAUAUUAUUAGUAGGACUGUGGAAUAUUAUUUUGGGUUAUUAGAUAAAGUUGUUGAUGAAAUUGGAAAACAAUACGUUGUUCAAGUGGUAACUGAUAAUAAACCUGCACUGAAAGCUGCCGCACAUUGUAUCGAUUUCAUGCUAAAAGACAUAGCCAAUAAGAAAAGUGUAGCAAAGGUGAUUGAAGAUGGUAAAACCAUUACCAAUUUCAUUUAUAAUAGUGGAUGGGUGUUGGAUUUAAUGAGAAAAUUCACUGGAGAUAGAGAAUUGAUUCGACCUGCCAUCACUCGAUUUGCUAUAAAUUUUAUUGCCAUUGAGAGUAUUGUUAGAUAUAAACAGUAA